UCCGCUCUCUGCGUGUUGCUGCUACGUGAAAUUUAUGGACGUUAUGGAAGAUGUCUGUGUUUAAAGGAGCAAUGAUAACUGCGUCAAAGUCAAGAAUAAUAAUCCUUGCGAGGGCAUCUACUCUCCUAAACAACCUCGGCGUUAGGCAGGAGCUUUACCGGCUUCCUGAAAGCUCCCAGCCGCUUUACAUAGCGGGGCAGCGGUGCUUUAGCAACGCCUCCAUCCGGAAGAAGUCUGGGGAGCCGAGUCCAUCAGAAGAUAAGGUUCACCUCACAGAGUCAUGUGUGAAGAGGCUAUCAGAAAUCAUGGAGAAGGGUGAGUACCUGAGAAUACAAGUGGAGGGAGGUGGUUGCUCUGGAUUCCAGUAUAAGUUUUCUGUAGAUCGCAACAAGAAUGAAGAGGACAGAGUUUUUGAGCAGGGGGGAGUGGGCAUCAUCGUUGACCAGGAGAGUCUGGAGUUUGUGAAGGGAUCCACUGUGGAUUUCAGUCAGGAGUUGAUCCGCUCCACCUUCCAGGUCUUGAAGAACCCCCAGGCAGAUCAUGGCUGCUCCUGUGGCAGCUCGUUUUCUGUGAAAGUAUGAUUGAUGCUUCAGCACUGUGUAAUACUUUAGUUCAGUAGUUUAUUAGGUGGAUAUCUAGAACAAAAUGAUCAUGAUAAACGAGGAGAGACUAAAGUGUCAGAAAGAAAACUUUAACUUGUGGGGGGGGGGGGGAAUCAGCAUUUUUUUUUCCAAUGGUGACACUGUUUGUCAGACGGGAAGCUGUAUCAUCAUUUACAACUCAUUUCAUUAUGCAGUUCUGUUGCAAAUAUGCUACUUUGUGUCAGUCAAAGAGAGGGUCAGUGGGUAGUGAUGAUGGAAUGUGUUAAAUUUCCCUCAACAGAUCUUACUGUUACAUUACCACUGUGUCUCUCUACCAAAAGGCUACUAAAAUUUUAUCAGAUUUUUAUCGUAAAAUGGUAUCGCCUAGGAAAGCAACAGAGGCGCAAGGUCAUUUUCAGGUGCAGACAGAUUAACAGAAAGCUGUUUGUUUGUAAUCUAAGGUGGAUUAUGCACUUUAGUUUCAUUAGCUUUAAUAGUUGAUGCAAAUACUACAUGUUCACCUAAUAAUCUAGCAAGUAAAGGUAUUAUAUUUAGCCAGAAUCAGUUCACUUUAAGCAACUCUGAAGCUGAAUGAUUUGCCAACUUUGGUGUUUUUUUUCUUUGAUUUUGUGAAAACGAGGUAAAGUUAAUGAGAUGUAUUCUUUAUUCAGUGUGCGUUUUGAAGACAUGUACAAGCAACUGAUGUUUUCCAACAGAACAAAACUCUUCAGUGUAAAUGAUGUAAAUAAGUUAUAACUAUCAGUUUAAUUUAUGAAGUUUGAGCUGGAAUAAAUGAGUGUACCUAUUAAAUGC